AUAACCAAAUUUCGAAACACAACCAUGGUAUAAUAUGAUACAUGAAAAUAUAUUUAGGGUUAGAAUGAUUGUAUGAUGUAAACACGAUCGUCUUUAAAUGUCCAUUUCGUACCUAUCGGGUAAUUGACGAAUUUCUUUAACAAACUGUGAAAAUGACUAAAGUCAAGUGCUCAGAUUUACGUCUCAAAGACAAAGAUUCCUUGUUGAAGCAACUCGAAGAGUUGAAACAGGAAUUAGCUAAUUUAAGAGUGUCUAAAGUUACUGGUGGUACAGCAUCCAAACUUUCGCGGAUUCGUGUUGUGCGUAAAGCUAUAUUACGUUGUUAUGUUGUGAUCCAUCAAAAACAAAAGGAAGCUUUACGGAAAAUUUUCAAGAACCGUAAGUAUAAACCUUUGGACUUGAGGCCAAAACUUACUCGAGCUAAGAGACGUGCCUUAAAUAAGAAAGAACGCAGCAUUAAAACCCUAAAGGAAAUUAAGAAGAAGAAUAAAUUCCCCCCCAGAAUGUAUGCUGUAAAGGCUUAAUUUUUGUUAACAUCUUAAUAAAAAAAAAAAACCAGAUUUUGA